AAGGAAAAAAGUCGGGUCGGGUCGGGUCCAUUUGUGUUUCGGGCUCCCACCAAAAUUCCCUUAAACCCUCGUUGCAUUUCCAACGUUCAGUAUUCAGUACUACACAGCUCCUUAGCUCUGCAAUGAAAAAGGAUCAAUCACAGCCGUUGAUUUCGGAGACUAGUAAACACUCGCUUGAUCAACGGCCUGAUUCUCCUCAACGGCCGGCGAAAUUCGCCAAGGUAAACGAGGACAACAUCGCCGAAGAGAAAGAGUUGGUUAGUAGAACAAUGAAUCCGAAUCCUCGGCUACAGCGGUAUUUGAUUGCGAUUGAGUAUAUAGGAACGCGAUUCGCCGGUGCGCAGCAGCAACCUAAUUGCAGAACAGUCGUCGGUGUUCUUGAGGAAGCCUUCAAGAAGUUUGUUGGACAGCCAGUAUCAGUAUUUUGCUCUAGUCGAACUGAUGCUGGAGUACAUGCUCUUUCAAAUGUUUGCCAUGUAGAUGUUGAAAGGACUAGUAAAAGGAAACCUGGUGAAGUGUUACCUCCCCAUGAGCCUUUGGUGGUAAAAAGAGCCGUGAACCACUUUUUACAGAAGAAUGAGGGUGAUAUAAUGGUUAUUGACGUUCGAUGUGUUCCAGCUGAUUUUCAUGCCAGAUAUAAAGCUCAAGAACGCACGUACUUCUACCGAUUGUUAUCUGGACCAGAGCCAGUAUCAAGCUUUGAGAGAGACCGGGCUUGGCAUGUGCCUGAGAAUCUGGAUCUUCUUGCCAUGCAGAAGGCAUGUAACAUUCUUAUUGGACGUCAUGACUUCAGUUCUUUCAGAGCAGCUGCUUGUCAGGCGAACUCACCCAUCAGAACUCUGGAUGAACUUAAUAUUACUGAGGUCGUUUCAACUCCUUAUUUUCCAUCAAUCUCAGAGCGACUAAAGAGCAGUAAUGUGAUAGAGGAUCCAACUGUAUCCAUCGGUUCAGACACCAACCACUCCCACAUCUCUUUGAACACCAACGAAGAAAAGUUGGAAGGUCCAAGUGGUGAGGCUUGUCAAAAGUUUGGCCUUAGAAGAAGACACCGCUGCUAUGUGGUAACCGCAAGGGCACGAUCUUUUCUUUACCAUCAGGUUAGGCUGCUUGUUGGAGUCCUCAAGUCAGUGGGGGCUGGAGAUCUAACGGCUCCAGAUGUAAAACGCAUCCUUGAAGCAAAAUCCAUCGCUGAAGCACCUCCGAUGGCUCCAGCUUGUGGUCUUUAUCUUGGACAUGUCAAAUAUGAUUUGCCUCCUGGGACUUAUCAAAGCCAAUAAGUAGUAUUUCCCGACAAACUAGUUUGAUGUUGUGCGAGCAUGUAUUUCUUGGUCAAGCGAGUUGAACAGUUACUUGUUAACAACUAGCAUUUUUUGCAUUAGGUGGAACCAAGUGGUGGGUAAUGAUAAGUUAUUUUGAUUUGUUAUGUUAUGGUCAGCCUUCACGAACAUCUCUUGUAAUGUUCUAGUAGGUUUAGGGAGAAAACAAAAGCAAGUCUUGUAAUGUUGCAGGGAUUAGCCUGUUUAUCUUGUAAAGCAAUUUAAUGUUCGAAUCUCAAUAUAAUCGCAGUAGUCAG